CUAGAGCCGUCUGGAGAUUAAAGGAGGCUUCACUUAGUAUUUAUUUACGCGCAACGCGCAGUCAGAACCUACUGAGCAAUCGAGAAACGUCAUUCGUUACUUUAAAAUCUAUUUACAUUAUUUUGUGUUUAUACCAUAAUUGGCGGGUAGUGUAUGGAAAUUUGAAGCUCCAGUAUCCGUCAAGGAAAAGGAGGAAGCUCAAAUGACUCUUUCUAGUCAGGUUUGAUAAACAUAAUAGGCGUCCUUACGUCGAGUUUACAACAAUGGACUUCGAUAAUCCGUCGUAUUUCUCAAUUUCUAAUGGAAAGGAAAACAGUCUAGAAAAAAAGGAAAUAUGGAACAGCUCUGAAUAUACUUUUUUCAAGCAACUAACUCCACCUAGAGGAGGAUCAUGGUACAACAAAGAAAGAAGAGUAUAUUUAAGGUCGGUAAGUACCAACUCAGCUGAAUCUAAUCAAGAAUUAUUAAUAAUGGGAGAACCAAGACUGAGCGACAUAGCACCCGAAAUCAAACAUCCUCCAAGCAGAUCAAAUUCUGUGAAAAGUCAAAAGACUGAUUUCGGUAACGAUCUAAGUUAUAUUCCAACUUGUUUAACUGAAGAACAUAGUGAUGAUUUUUGUGAAAAUGAGGUGUUUGAUGAUAAUAAUUAUGAAAGAUAUCAUAAUUUUCCGGCAAUAAACAGAUCUAAUCAGAGGAGACAUUCUAUAGGCACUUUCGUUGUACACGCCACAGAUGACCCAGUACAAAAAACCAACGAUAUAAGUCAAUCGUCAAAUAAAUCAUCAAAAGUUGUUAACGAAACUGUACAUAGGGAUGAUCUUGAUGACCAUUCAAUAAGACAUGCUUCUUUUCCAAGGAAAAGGUGUAUAAAGUGUACCAAAGGAAACACAAAGAAUAUAAAUAUGGAAGAUAUCCUGAUAAUUUCCUCAAGGAGAAGCGAAGCAGCGUCGUUAUGGGUAGAUUACUUCUCGAAUUAUUUCCAGCAGAUAAGUAAACAUGCCAACAGGAAACCGUUUAAGAUACAAUACGCCUCAUUAGAAGAAAUAAUGACAAAAUCAGAACAGGAAUAUAAGGAAUUCAAUUCGAGAGCUUCAGCGGUAAAAUUACAAUUGGUUGUGUUGUGUCCAAAUUUUAUGGAAAUGGUAGCUGAGCACACUGAAGAUUGCAUGGGAUUAGGAAAGUUAUUAUUACCUGAUAGAACAUUGGCUCUUUUAUUGGGAGUUGUAGAUGAAGAUUUUACUGAAAGCCAUAAAAAAGUUCUACCAACAUAUUAUCAAUGGCACAGAAAGUGUGUAGGACAAGACCAGGACGAAAAUUUCACUAAAGAAUUCUUAGGACAAGCCAUGGCAAUUUUGUCGAGAGUGUGGAAGCAACAGAUUUCUAUUAUUUCACAGGAAAAGUCUUAUUUUUCUAUAACUCCCAAAAAAAUUCGACAAGGUCAGAAUAGUGUUUUCGUAAUUCUAACCUAUCCACUUCAAAAAGAAGACAUAGUUAAAAUUUCCGUUGAAAAAAAUGGAGAGCUUUACGAAAUUCCUAAUGUAAAGAGACGUAAUCCCUACCUAAUGAAAUUCUGGAUGCCGGAAUCGUUGACGGAAGUUACUGCUAUAGUGAAUAUACUCGUGGAGAAAAAUGGUAGCAUCAUAGGCAGUCGACCCAUGAAAUGUGAAAGUAAAGUGCGAGAAUUGGAAGAAAUAUUAAGGAGUAUCAAUAAUCCCAUUCAAUUUAUGUGCCAGGCAAUAGGCUUCCACCCAGCCGAUAGAGAUAAUAUAGACAAUUGGUUAGUCCAUAACUUUCAAAAAAAUAUCCCUCCACAUUUCAAUGUAAUGGCUCACGGUGAUUCAAGGCAUCCAACUGCAAUUCCCGGCCACAAACGUAGCCAUGAGGAGUUUCCCACCCUUCUCCAUUUUGCAGCCAAAUUCGGACUGGAAAAAUUAGCAAUGCAAUUAUUGGAAUGUCCCGGAGCUGAUGUAGCCUAUGAAACUAGAAACAUUUAUGAUUUGACUCCAUUAGAGAUGGCAGAAAUGGCAGAAGCUAAUGGAUUCUCCGACUUAGCUUCAAUGUUUAGAGGUUUCAUAAAUAUCAACGAAUUUACUAGUAUAUACGCCAAAUUGAUGGAGAUGAGCUUACAGCCAAAGCCUAAUGAAGAUGCUGACGGUUAUAUGAUACCAAAAAGUAUGCAGCAAUUUUACAAAGUAUGUCCUGCACCACGACCAGUUGUGAAAGACAUAAAUCUACCUUCACCAACAGGUCGCGGCAAUGAAUGGCCCGCUAGUAGUCUAGAAUACAUACCAAUGCACAAGCCUGUCACGACAAUACACGAAGACUCAACGUCAGAACCAACAAAUAAUCUCCUGAAUAAAGAAGAAUCCGUUAGAGCAAGAACCCCCGUAGAAUUAGUACAAAAACACGCUAAAACCAAUAAAAAAUUUGAUGAUUUUGAAGAUAAAGUACAAAAAGAACUAGUAGAAAUAAUAACAGACUUCAAAAACAAUAUUCAUUCCAUAACUCAAGCCGAAAAACUUGUAGAAGAGUGGAAAAACAGGAACGAUGUGCAAAAGUCUUUCAAGGAAAAGCAAGAACAACUAACAGAAAUGCGACUCAAAUACGAACAAAUUCAAAAUAAAAUGAAAUCUGCAAUGAAAAAACCAACUCCGUUUGAGAGAAUGAAAAAAUUGUUUUCUAAACCGAAGCAUGAAAAUAACUUGAAGGUUUCUUACACGAGCUCCAACUCUGAUUCUUCUUCUAUCAAUAAUAGGCCCCUUCGAAGUUUAAGCAGCUCCAGUUCAGGUUCAUCAGGAAGGAUCAGUACUCUUAGCGGAUGUAGUUUAGGCGAUAGUGGUACUAUUUCUGAUAAUGAGGAUAGAGCGUUAAUGCCCGGUAAACACAAAGACGUUGAAAUAAGGAAUGAUUUGAACAAAGUAGUACUAGAAUUGAAUUACAAUACACUACCCGCUCCGAAACCUUUCGUCAAGACGCGAGAAGAACAUUCUUAUGAGUUAAUCCAGGGAUCACCACAACCACAGAAUUUAACCAAUGAAUUUUAUAUUCAGUAUCCACCAUCAGGAUUGCCCAUUCCUGGAUUUGAAGAUAUACAAACCAAAGAACGAAAAGUUACUAACGACUACUCCAACAUCGAGAUUAGUACCCCUAGCAAUGAGAUUCAUGAGUAUAUGAAUUUUAAAGUACCAAAUUUAGCGAAACCACUUUAGUACCUAUGUGUUUUUAUAUAUUUAUGUUGUAUUUAAUUUAACAUCACAUUUUUGUAUUAUCUAAAGAAAUAUAAUGUGUACCUUUUUAA